GAUUCUUUCAGCCAUCAACUGAUUCUUACAGCCAUCAACUGAUUCUUUCAGCCAUCAACUGAUUCUUACAACCAUCAACUGAUUCUUUCAGCCAUCAACUGAUUCUUUCAGCCAUCAACUGAUUCUUUCAGCCAUCAACUGAUUCUUUCAGCCAUCAACUGAUUCUUUCAGCCAUCAACUGAUUCUUUCAGCCAUCAACUGAUUCUUUCAGCCAUCAACUGAUUCUUACAACCAUCAACUGAUUCUUUCAGCCAUCAACUGUGUCGUACAGCCAUCAACUGCGUCGUACAGAGAGAGAGAGAGAACAGUGUAGUCUGUCCUCUGAGCUCUCCUCUCCUCUCACAGUCCUGUUAAAGUAGUGGCUUGAUCCAGACAGCGGUGUAGUCUGUCCUCUGAGCUCUCCUCUCUCAGUCCUGUUAAAGUAGUGGCUUGAUCCAGACAGCAGUGUAGUCUGUCCCCUGAUCUCUCCUCUAGUCCCCCACUCUAGCUCCUGCUGCCAGGAUUACAGACCUCUGGGGAGCUGCUGCAACAUCCCAGGAGACAUCAAAACACCCUGACACCAUUCGCAACCUGCCGACCCACCCAUCGCUGCAGUGGACCGUCAACCUGCCGACCCACCCAUCGCUGCAGUGGACCGUCAACCUGCCGACCCACCCAUCGCUGCAGUGGACCGUCAACCUGCCGACCCACCCAUCGCUGCAGUGGACCGUCAACCUGCCGACCCACCCAUCGCUGCAGUGGACCGUCAACCUGCCGACCCACCCAUCGCUGCAGUGGACCGUCAACCUGCCGACCCACCCAUCGCUGCAGUGGACCGUCAACCUGCAGCAUAUCAGACCUAUGAAAAAUAAUUAAACCCCCCUUUCUGACCACCACACUUCAAACAAGCGUCCUAAAUGGCAACCUGUUCCCUAUAUAGUGCACUAUAAUUUAGUAUAUAGGGUGCCAUUUGGUAUGCACAUCACAUAUUAUUAUUAUUAUUAUGAAUGGGAGUAAUGGGUGGUUUUAUCUGAUUGUUGUGUACGUUUUGUGGCCUCUGAUUCAGCGAGUUUCCUAACUGCCGUUCCCUUUCCAAGAAGGACCGACAUGGGAAACCCAUGAUGAUGUCAAAGCGGAUCAAACCGGGAUUCCGCUCCCGUCCCCAGCGCGCUCUGCUCUGUUGCUCUACAGCAAUACUGAGGCAAAUAGAAAAUGCGGCAGGUGCCAUUUUCACACGCAUGGGUGUAGAAGUGAAGUACUAAUAGUUGAGGAAAUAUGGACGGUGUUAAUUUAGGUGUUUCAUCCACAAUACAGUACAAGCAAACGCAGCAUAUUUCCUUGUCAUAGCGAGGUCUCCCCUCAGCUGCUUAAUUCUCUGCCCUCCAGAUCCAGCUGCUCUCCUACUGAUGGGGCUCUGACAGGACAGACGGACCCAACGCGACCGCGACACAACCAUCCCUCCUAAAACGGAAUAUGCGUAAACGCACGGCACAUUUUGGGGAGAGACGCCGCACAGUCACAGCAAGCGACUAAUGAGACAAUAGCCUAUUUCUCACCAUCAACCUAAAAUACAUAUCGUGCUUCGUGGUCGGUCUGGAACGUUCCGGGGUUUCCUUUUCGAGAGCGUUCGUCCCCCCGGUGUGAUAUUUGACAGGUCUCUUUGUUGGGUGGAGUCAAGUCCGGAAUUCUCGAUAUUGGAAUCAUCACUGGCAUCAUUUCAGGUCGUCAUCAUGAAGGACAAUGUGGUCAACAACAGCACAGCCAGCAUCUCCCACGCCAGGAAAGCUGUGGAACAACUCAAGAUGGAGGCCUGUAUGGACAGGAUAAAGGUCUCCAAAGCAGCAGCGGACCUGAUGGCGUAUUGCGACGCCCACAUACGUGAGGACCCCCUCAUCGUGCCCGUGCCCGCCUCGGAGAACCCCUUCCGGGAGAAGAAGUUAUUCUGUACCAUCCUCUGAUGCCCAGUAGGGGGCAGACCAGCCUUAGGCCGGGCCCUGGUUCAGGCGUGGAAUAACGCCUGGCGUCUCCUCUUCUGUCUUCACCGUACCUGAAGCUAACAACACGCUGUGAACGUAACCAGGAAGUGACUGCCCUUUCAGCCUUGUAGUUUUUCAACUUUUAGAGAUUUUUUUUUUCUUUUUUCUAUAAUGGUCUUCAAGUGCAAAUAAAAAACAACAUGUGAAAAUGUUCUUCAUUAAAAAAAAGCUUCAUGAAAAGGCAUCUGAUAGAAGUAAAUUAAAUAAAACCCACAAACACGAAUAUAAUGACACAUAUCACAGAUGGGCACAGUAAAGUGGAAGUGAUAAUUCCUUUCACAGUGAACUAACUUUACUACCAACUGGCAUAACAUCUUACUGGCUACUGUUGAAUUGAGGUUGCCAGUUACACACUGUUGUUGUUGGUCAGCUCUGUCCCUAGAGGCUGAAGGGUUGGGUGGGUUAGAUACCUUUUACAUCUGGCAACCCUAGUGAGUUUAUUUGAGUGUAAAAGUCUGACUCCAUUUAUUUUGAGAACGUUUCCCUUUGGAAAAACGAUAUUCCAAAUAUAAAUACAUUAAAGUACAACAACAAAAAUGUUUAAAAGAAAAAUGUAGUGUUUUUGUUUUACACAAUUGCAAAAUUCAAGAUGGUCUAAUGCUGCACUCUGUUAUCAGCCUGUCCCCUUGCUUGAGGAAACAAUAGAGCAGUAAUUGAGGACAAAAGAGAGAGCCCCCUACUGUCAUAAGAAUAACUGAAGCACCUUUCGAGAUGUACCUUUUGUGAAGUAAAUCAUGUGAUAAAUGAGGUUCCAGGGUGGCUGGAGUGAGUCUUUAA